AUGACUACCGAUAAUAUUGAAAAGUUAUAUCAAAAUUAUGGAGUUCUCGCCGACGCCAAGGAUGAUAUUUCGAAGUAUGAAAAAGAGUAUUUAGAAAUAUUAGCUGCUGUCAAAGGAUCCGAUAAAGAAAAACGUCUAGCAUCACAGUUUAUCGCCAAGUUUUUUAGCAGUUUUCCUAAUCUAGCUGAACAAGCUAUAGAGGCUCAAUUUGAUUUAUGUGAAGACGACGAUGUUGCGAUUCGUAAACAAGCUAUCAAAGAGUUGCCUAUAAUGUGUAAAAGUAAUAAGGAACACACUCAAAGGAUUGCUGAUAUAUUAGCACAACUGAUGCAAUCCGAGGACCCUACCGAAAUCAAUGUGGUCACUAAUUCCCUGUUGGCCAUUGUAAAAAUUGAGCCACAAGGAGCUCUGGCUGGUAUUUUUUCUCAAAUUCAUCAGAGUACUAAUAGUGAAGUACCAAAUGAGACUGUCAGGGAGAGAUGUAUUAAGUUUAUUGCUACAAAAGUUAAACAACUGGGAAGAGAAGUAAUUAACAAAGAGACAGAGGAUCUGAUUAUUGUUGAAGGCAAGAAAAUAUUAGAGGAUGUUGGAGCUGAAGAAUUUGAACACAUAAUGGAUUUGUUAGCUUGGUCACGACUAGGAAAGACCCCAGCUGGCAAAAAAGAAUUGACACAAAUUAUUGCAACUCUUGCCUUUUCACCAGAUGAUUGGCAUCCUGAGGAUUUGGAAUAUGUGGAUAGACUAAUACAGUGCUCCCAACAUGCUUUGCCAUUGUUCACGGCACAAGUUGAUUCAACACAGUUUGUUAAUAUCUUUUGUGACCAUGUUCUAUCAAAAUGGAGUAAUAUUGCUACGACAGGUGGAGGGACAGAUACUAAGCUGGAAAUUCUAAAAAUAUUUGCAGAACUUACUGAGCAUUGUGGAGAUAUUGAAGAUAUUGAAAAGAAAAUUAACACUGUUUACGAUGUUCUAAUGGAUUACCUACCAGAAGCACCAUUACCAACAGAAGGUGAAAGCGUGGAUAAAGAUGUGGAAAAAGAAAAAGCUGAGGAAAAUAAGACAGUUCCUUCUCUUCAAUUUUCUCAUGUAGAAUGUGCAUUAUUUGCUUUACAUUCAUUAUGUAGGAAAUCUCCAGAAGCAAUUGGUGCUGAUGCAGCAAGACUUAAGGUGUUACGUCUCCGACUACAGUAUACAGCAAGAUUGACACAGGGAUAUAUUAAAAAGUUGAAAGAAGUUACUCAGGGUAAAAAAGGUGAAGAUGCUAACAGUGAUGAAAACAAGUUGAAGAUAGCUGCUUUGAAAACAACUUCUAAUAUUAAUACAUUGAUUCGUGACCUAUUCAGAACACCACCCAGUUUCAAGAGCAAAAUACAGUUGUCAUUUGCAUCAGCUAAAGAACUUAAAGAGGAAAAAGUGGUUUUAGAACCAGAAGAAAAAGAGUCAGGUGCACAAAAAAGACACCGUCCCAUUACAUUUGACAAUGGCGAGAAAAAAGGAAAUAUAGUUCAAGAUUCAACACGGGUCGAUUUAGUGGGGGGAAAUUCUGGAAGGGGCAGGGGUUAUGGCAGACGGGACUAUCAAAACAACGGUGCUUCAUUUAGAAGGCGCAAUUACUAA